GAGGAGCGCUCCGGCCUCCUCGACGCUGCUGGGUCUGCCGGCGGCGAGGGGCGCUACCCUUGGUGGGACAGGAUGCGUGCCGGUCUCGUGCAGCGCGGCGGAUGCGAGGAGGAGCGCGUGGACCGAUACGGGGCGGAGCUCUUCCAGGUGAUAGACGACUGGCUCAGUGACUAUCACGGCCAGGACUUCAAGGAAUACGUCGACUACGCCAUGCACGUCAAGACGCAUCUGUCGGUCGGAAACGCAGAGCGCGGAUGCGUGUAUUGGCUCGUGACGCUCUUUACCUGCGGCCUUUGGCUCUUAUUCCGGCGGGGCCCUGCAACUGCCCUGCUGGUUCUCACCAAGACCGGGCGGGUCAUCCUGGUCGAAGCCACCCCCAUGAGCGUGCUUGGUGCGGGCAGCGCUCCGAGCAGGGCGGCGAUCCUCUGGUAUGUGAGCGUGCUGGUAUUCCUGACGGUUCUCCCGAUCACCAUCCUCAUAACGGUUUCCCCUGGGACGGAUCUCUUUAGCACCCUCGUGAAGCUCGAGGGGGCAGUUCCAGACGACGACGACUCCGACGCGGCCGACCACAGCAUCACCAGGAAGAUCCACCACAGCCUUCGAGAACGGGCCUUCUGGUGGUUCCUCGUCGUCGCGGUCUUCUGGGCACUGUUCGUGUGCUGGCUCAUCCGCAACCGCCAGAGGGGCUACGGCAACCGUUCAAUCCGAGAGUUCAGGGCUCAGUCCGUCUGCAACGCCCAGUACGCGCUGGAGCACGGCCGCCUCAGGCCCACGAGCUGCACCCGGCAGAAGACCGGCAAGAUCCGUUUCUACUUCGGCAAGUACGCGGGCAAGACCGAGAUGGACGAGGGCCUGCCGCCUGCCUGCCCCGAGGGGAGCGCGGUGGUGCCGCUGGCGCGCCUGUCAGACGGGGCCUCCAGCAUGUCGCUGAACGAGCGGCAGGGCAGCGAGCAGGCCGGCAAGCCGUCCGGCGAGAACGGGCAGGAGGCGAGACAGUCCCGCAGCUCCGGCUCCUUCCUGUCGCUCGUGCUGUUGUUUUGCAGCUCGAUGACACAGAUCCUGAUCGUGUACUCCGUCGGGGUGGAGGUGGUGAACGCGUGCAGAGCCGAAAGCUUCUGCGCCCAGGCGCACGAGGCAGACCACUGCACCCAGGCGAAGUGCGAGGAGUUCGCCGUGAGCGAGCGCCUCAUGAGCUACAAGUUCUGCGAGGCCGUCUCCUGGGUCGACGAGGCUACGGAUCACAGCCAGGAGCUCUGCGCCUCGGCCAUCGCUGGCGUGUCCUGCUGCACGAACUGCAUACCCGCCGAGUUGUUUUGGUGGCUGGGCGGUGACGACCCCGGGGCGUGGGCACAAACCGCCAGCCAGUUCCUGAGCCUGCUGGUGCUGCUCCUGGCCCUGGCCGUGAGCCGGCAGGCGGCCGCCGCGGAGUUCGGGGCGAAGACGUGCACCAACUGCCUGGAGGUGGAGUUCGUUCACAACUUCCUGAAUCCUGACGGCGACGCCUUCUUCAUGACAGAGCAGAUCGCCACAGGCUUCCUGGACAGGGUGUUCCGGAUCGCGAACCCCGCGUUCAUGGCGCAACGGGUUUCGUCGAAAAAGAAAAGUGGGGCGCCGCCAGAGUUGACGCACGGCGGAUCAGAGGAAUACGUGCCUGAGCUGGACCACGAAAGCAACAAUUGGCAGGAAUUCUUCUAUGCUAGGAAGCGUCUGGCAGAGGUGAGUGGCCGCCCGUUCGAGCGUGCCUUCCACGUUCCUUCGGUUCCCACGAGGUGCCUCGGAAUGAUCGACCCAGAACAGGACAAUGGAGAGAAGGUAGUGGCCGCUUGGGCAGAGGUACCUGUCGUCAGCUACACGCAGAUGGCUGUCUAUCUGUCUCUUUCAAUCUUGAUUUCAUGUUUCAUUGUAU